AUGUGUCGUGAGAAGGCAAACAUUACCCGGAUAUCAUUGCUCAGUGAGGGAGAUGGGGCUGUAGGCAUUCACAAGCAGUCUUUGGUCGAGAGGAACGGGCUGAAGCCCGAGCCCACUGUCGAGUCAAACGCCGACCAGCAAAACUACGACAAACUCAGCUACGACGCAAGAGGCAAGGAUAUUACCAGCCUGUAA